CAUACAAUAUAAUCAAAGUUUAAGUUACUGGUUAAAAAAAAAAAAUCAAAGUUUAAGUUACUAAACAUGGCCUAUCCAGUCUUAUUGAACAGGUUGUUUCCAAUUUCAACCAACCGACAAAGUUAACACAAAAAAAAUGAUAAGAUAAAUACACAUCGCUUGAACCCUGUUAUACAGUACGAACCUAUACAGUUACGACUUACGACCUAAGCAAUGAGGCAGAAAUAUCAAGUUUCCUACCAUUAAUUACGGUAAACCAAACCGAAUUCUAGUAACCAACUUAAACCGAAUCACAACAUUGCUAUUAUAUUUUCCUCCUCAUUUGCUUGAAAUUCGCGGGACGCGAUCUUCGGUGAGAGCCACAAAAACAAAACCUUGUUGUCCAAGACAGAAACCGUGUUGUGUUAACUUGUUUGAUCCGUUUCAUUAUUUGUUUUUGGUUCAAAUGUUGAAACCCAGUAAUUUCUACGUAAAAGUCAAACCAUAUCAAUAUUAAUUUCAAUAUAUAUAUAUAUAUAUAUAUAUAUGUAUCAACUCUAAGUGUCUAAGUGCAAGACAAAUCGUAGGCAAAAAAAAAAAAAUCGUAGACCUUACAAGUUAACUUUUGUUUCCUUCCUUCUUUUUUUUUGGUCAACGGACUUUUCUUUCCUUCUUUAGUUCAAAGAGACAACAAAGUGGUGAUGAAGAAGCAAGUGGUCUUUGGAGUGAUCUUGCUUGCACUCUUCUUGAUUUUCAUUAACGCCAAACAAGUAGAAGCCACAAGGCUGUUAGGAACCACCGUCGAUAGUGAGAUCCGGUCUGUGUUCCAGUCGUUGCAGAAGGGUACGGUUCCUGAAUCCGGCAGGAACCGUUGCACUCAUAUCCCCAAAGGCUCGGGAAAGUGCCACGGAUGAACACGCGCGUAUAUUUUGAUCCCAAUACUCAAACAUAUUUUGUUCUUGUAUAUAUACGUAACCGUUCCUGUAUACAUAUGUACUAUAGCAAAUAUAUGGUACACGUUUCAUUGUUUUGUAGACUUUAGAAACAAUUUGAUAGUCAGUGACAAAAAAAAAAACAAAAUUUGAAAGGAGAUAAAUUAUUUGAUUAUUUUACAAAUCAUUGUUUAUGUUUUGAUAAACCGGAAGCCUACCAUAAAUUCAAUAAAAAGGUUUUGUCUCUCUAGUGGUUAUCAAUUCUGAUCAGCUUCAAUUCAAGUACUAAAAAGAAAGUAACCAGUCUAAAGAUUCCGGUAAUGUUUAUUCGGCGUAAGUGUCGUCAAACGCUCAAUAUUAUUCGCAAUCCGAUACAGAGAACCGAGUCAGAAACCAAACCGGUUUAGAUUGGUUUGAUUCAAAUGUUGUUCUUCCUAGGCGAGAGAGGUUCUUAAAACACUUAAACCUUCAACAAUUUCGAUUGAAGAUUUUCCCGAGAUUUGGGAGUA